AUGGGCCCAAGCCUUUCUUCAUUCAUUAAACUCAAGAAGCACAUGAGGAUCCACACUGGAGAGAAGCCCUACAGCUGUGACCUCUGUGGUAAAACUUUUAGCCGGGCUAACCGUUUCACAGUUCACCGCAGAAUCCACACUGGAGAAAAUCCCUACAGCUGUGACCACCUCUGUGGUAAAACCUUUAAACAGACUGGGAAUUUGACCGUUCACAGCAGAAUCCACACUGGAGAGAAGCCCUACAGCUGUGACCUCUGUGGUAAAACCUUUAGCCAAGCUGGCAAUUGCAGAGCUCACUGCAGGAUCCACACUGGAGAGAAGCCCUACAGCUGUGACCUUUGUGGUAAAACCUUUAAUCAGACUGGGGAAUUGACAGUUCACCGCAGAAUGCACACUGGAGAGAAGCCCUACAGCUGUGACCUCUGUGGUAAAACCUUUAAACAGACUGGGGAUUUGACCGUUCACAGCAGAAUCCACACUGGAGAGAAGCCCUACAGCUGUGACCUCUGUGGUAAAACCUUUAGCCAAGCUGGCAAUUGCAGAGCUCACCGCAGAAUCCACACAGGAGAGAAGCCCUACAGCUGUGCCCUUUGUGGUAAAACCUUUAAUCAGACUGGGGAAUUGACAGUUCACCGCAGAAUGCACACUGGAGAGAAGCCCUACAGCUGUGACCUCUGUGGUAAAACAUUUAGCCGUGCUAACAGUUACACAGAUCACUGCAGGAUCCACACUGGAGAGAAGCCCUACAGCUGUGACCUCUGUGGUAAAACCUUUAGCCAAGCUGGCAAUUGCAGAGCUCACCGCAGAAUCCACACAGGAGAGAAGCCCUACAGCUGUGACCUCUGUGGUAAAACCUUUAAUCAGACUGGGAAAUUGAUAGUUCACCGCAGAAUCCACACUGGAGAGAAGCCCUACAGCUGUGACCUCUGUGGUAAAACUUUUAGCCGUGCUAACAGUUACACAGAUCACUGCAGGAUCCACACUGGAGAGAAGCCCUACAGCUGUGACCUCUGUGGUAAAACCUUUAAACAGACUGGGGAUUUGACCGUUCACAGCAGAAUCCACACUGGAGAGAAGCCCUACAGCUGUGACCUCUGUGGUAAAACCUUUAGCCAAGCUGGCAAUUGCAGAGCUCACCGCAGAAUCCACACAGGAGAGAAGCCCUACAGCUGUGACCUCUGUGGUAAAACCUUUAAUCAGACUGGGAAAUUGAUAGUUCACCGCAGAAUCCACACAGGAGAGAAGCCCUACAGCUGUGACCUCUGUGGUAAAACUUUUAGCCGUGCUAACAGUUACACAAAUCACUGCAGGAUCCACACUGGAGAGAAGCCCUACAGCUGUGACCUCUGUGGUAAAACCUUUCGCCACGCUGGCAGUGUCACAGUUCACAGCAGGAUCCACACUGGAGAGAAGCCCUACAGCUGUGACCUCUGUGGUAAAACCUUUAGCCAGGCUGGCAAUUUCCGAGCUCACUGCAGGAUCCACACUGGAGAGAAACCCUACAGCUGUGACCUCUGUGGUAAAACCUUCAAACAGACUGGGGAAUUGACAGUUCACCGCAGAAUCCACACUGGGGAGAAGCCCUACAGCUAUCACUGUGAUACAUGUGGGAAAAGCUUUUCCUCAUCUAGUAACCUCAAGAAGCACAUGAUGAUCCACACUGGAGAGAGGCCCUACAGCUGUGACCUCUGUGGUAAAACCUUUAGCAGAGCUAACCAUUUCAAUGUUCACCGCAGAAUCCAUACUGGAGAGAAGCCCUACAGCUGUGACGUCUGUGGUAAAACCUUUAAACAGAAUGGGGAAUUGAAAGUUCACCGCAGAAUCCACACUGGAGAGAAGCCCUACAGCUGUGACCUCUGUGGUAAAACCUUUAGCCAUGCCAGGAGUAACACAGAUCACCGCAGGAUCCACACUGGAGAGAAGCCCUACAGCUGUGACCUUUGUGGUCGAACCUUUCGCUACGCUCGCAAUGUCAUAGUUCACAGCAAAAUCCACACUAGAGAGAAGCCCUUCAGCUGUGACCUCUGUGGUAAAACCUUUAGUCAUGCUAGCAGGUACACAGAUCACCGCAGGAUCCACACCGGAGAGAAGCCGUACAGCUGUGACGUCUGUGGUAAAACCUUUAGCCAUGCUAACAGUUUCAAAAUUCACUGCAGGAUCCACACUGGAGAGAAGCCCUACAGCUGUGACCUCUGUGGUAAAACCUUUAGCUGUACUAGCAGUUACACAUAUCACCGCCAGAUCCACACUGGAGAGAAGCCCUACAGCUGUGACGUCUGUGAUAAAACCUUUAGACAUGCUGGGGACUUGACAGUUCACCGCAGGAUCCACACUGGAGAGAAGCCCUACAGCUGUGACCUCUGUGGUAAAACCUUCAACUCUGCUAGCCAUGUCACAGUUCACAGCAGGAUCCACACUGGAGAGAAGCCUUACAGCUGUGACCUCUGUGGUAAAACCUUUAGCCAGGCUAGCAGUUACACAUAUCACAGCAGAAUCCACACUGGAGAGAAGCCCUACAGCUGUGACCUCUGUGGUAAAACCUUUACCUCAUCUAGUAACCUCAAGAGGCACAUGAUGAUCCACACUGGAGAGAAGCCCUACAGCUGUGACCUUUGUGGUAAAACCUUUAGCCAUGCUAGCAGUUACACAUAUCAUCGCAGGAUCCACACUGGAGAGAAGCCCUACAGCUGUGACCUUUGUGGUAAAACCUUUAGCCAUGCUAGCAGUUACACAUAUCACCGCAGGAUCCACACUGGAGAGAAGCCCUACAGCUGUGACCUUUGUGGUAAAACCUUUAGCAGAGCUAACCAUUUCAAAGAUCAUAGCCGGAUCCACACUGGAGAGAAGCCCUACAGCUGUGACCUUUGUGGUAAAACCUUUAGCCAUGCUAGCAGUUACACAUAUCACCGCAGGAUCCACACUGGAGAGAAUCCCUACAGCUGUGACCUCUGUGGUAAAACCUUUAGCCAGGCUGGCAAUCUCAGACAUCACCGCAGGACCCACACUGGAGAGAAGCCCUACAGCUGUGACCUCUGUGAUAAAACCUUUAGCCAUGCUGCCACUUUCAGAAUUCACCGCAGGAUCCACACUGGAGAGAAGCCCUACAGCUGUGACCUCUGUGGUAAAACCUUUAGCCAGGCUGGCAAUCUCAGACAGCACCGCAGGACCCACACUGGAGAGAAGCCCUACAGCUGUGACCUCUGUGAUAAAACCUUUAGCCAUGCUACCACUUUCAGAAUUCACCGCAGGAUCCACACUGGAGAGAAGCCCUACAGCUGUGACCUCUGUGACAAAACCUUUAGCUAUGCUAACAGUUUCAAAAUUCACCGCAGGAUCCACACUGGAGAGAAGCCUUACAGCUGUGACCGCUGUGGUAAAACCUUUAGCCAUGCUAGCAGUUACACAGAUCACCGCAGGAUCCACACUGGAGAGAAGACUUACAGCUGUGACCUCUGUGGUAAAACCUUAAGCAGUGGUAGCAGUUUCAAAAAGCACAUGAGGAUCCACACUGGAGAGAAGCCCUACAGCUGUGACCUCUGUGGUAAAACUUUUAGCCGGGCUAACCGUUUCACAGUUCACCGCAGAAUCCACACUGGAGAAAAUCCCUACAGCUGUGACCACCUCUGUGGUAAAACCUUUAAACAGACUGGGAAUUUGACCGUUCACAGCAGAAUCCACACUGGAGAGAAGCCCUACAGCUGUGACCUCUGUGGUAAAACCUUUAGCCAAGCUGGCAAUUGCAGAGCUCACUGCAGGAUCCACACUGGAGAGAAGCCCUACAGCUGUGACCUUUGUGGUAAAACCUUUAAUCAGACUGGGGAAUUGACAGUUCACCGCAGAAUGCACACUGGAGAGAAGCCCUACAGCUGUGACCUCUGUGGUAAAACCUUUAAACAGACUGGGGAUUUGACCGUUCACAGCAGAAUCCACACUGGAGAGAAGCCCUACAGCUGUGACCUCUGUGGUAAAACCUUUAGCCAAGCUGGCAAUUGCAGAGCUCACCGCAGAAUCCACACAGGAGAGAAGCCCUACAGCUGUGACCUUUGUGGUAAAACCUUUAAUCAGACUGGGGAAUUGACAGUUCACCGCAGAAUGCACACUGGAGAGAAGCCCUACAGCUGUGACCUCUGUGGUAAAACAUUUAGCCGUGCUAACAGUUACACAGAUCACUGCAGGAUCCACACUGGAGAGAAGCCCUACAGCUGUGACCUCUGUGGUAAAACCUUUAGCCAAGCUGGCAAUUGCAGAGCUCACCGCAGAAUCCACACAGGAGAGAAGCCCUACAGCUGUGACCUCUGUGGUAAAACCUUUAAUCAGACUGGGAAAUUGAUAGUUCACCGCAGAAUCCACACUGGAGAGAAGCCCUACAGCUGUGACCUCUGUGGUAAAACUUUUAACCGUGCUAACAGUUACACAGAUCACUGCAGGAUCCACACUGGAGAGAAGCCCUACAGCUGUGACCUCUGUGGUAAAACCUUUAAACAGACUGGGGAUUUGACCGUUCACAGCAGAAUCCACACUGGAGAGAAGCCCUACAGCUGUGACCUCUGUGGUAAAACCUUUAGCCAAGCUGGCAAUUGCAGAGCUCACCGCAGAAUCCACACAGGAGAGAAGCCCUACAGCUGUGACCUCUGUGGUAAAACCUUUAAUCAGACUGGGAAAUUGAUAGUUCACCGCAGAAUCCACACAGGAGAGAAGCCCUACAGCUGUGACCUCUGUGGUAAAACUUUUAGCCGUGCUAACAGUUACACAGAUCACUGCAGGAUCCACACUGGAGAGAAGCCCUACAGCUGUGACCUCUGUGGUAAAACCUUUCGCCACGCUGGCAGUGUCACAGUUCACAGCAGGAUCCACACUGGAGAGAAGCCCUACAGCUGUGACCUCUGUGGUAAAACCUUUAGCCAGGCUGGCAAUUUCCGAGCUCACUGCAGGAUCCACACUGGAGAGAAACCCUACAGCUGUGACCUCUGUGGUAAAACCUUCAAACAGACUGGGGAAUUGACAGUUCACCGCAGAAUCCACACUGGGGAGAAGCCCUACAGCUGUGACCUCUGUGUUAAAACCUUUAGCCGUGCUAGCAGUUACACGGAUCACUGCAGGAUCCACACUGGAGAGAAGCCCUACAGCUGUGACCUCUGUGGUAAAACCUUUAGCAGAGCUAACCAUUUCAAUGUUCACCGCAGAAUCCAUACUGGAGAGAAGCCCUACAGCUGUGACGUCUGUGGUAAAACCUUUAAACAGAAUGGGGAAUUGAAAGUUCACCGCAGAAUCCACACUGGAGAGAAGCCCUACUGCUGUGACCUCUGUGGUAAAACCUUUAGCCAUGCCAGGAGUAACACAGAUCACCGCAGGAUCCACACUGGAGAGAAGCCCUACAGCUGUGACCUUUGUGGUCGAACCUUUCGCUACGCUCGCAAUGUCAUAGUUCACAGCAAAAUCCACACUAGAGAGAAGCCCUUCAGCUGUGACCUCUGUGGUAAAACCUUUAGUCAUGCUAGCAGGUACACAGAUCACCGCAGGAUCCACACCGGAGAGAAGCCGUACAGCUGUGACGUCUGUGGUAAAACCUUUAGCCAUGCUAACAGUUUCAAAAUUCACUGCAGGAUCCACACUGGAGAGAAGCCCUACAGCUGUGACCUCUGUGGUAAAACCUUUAGCUGUACUAGCAGUUACACAUAUCACCGCCAGAUCCACACUGGAGAGAAGCCCUACAGCUGUGACGUCUGUGAUAAAACCUUCAACUCUGCUAGCCAAGUCACAGUUCACAGCAGGAUCCACACUGGAGAGAAGCCUUACAGCUGUGACCUCUGUGGUAAAACCUUUAGCCAGGCUAGCAGUUACACAUAUCACAGCAGAAUCCACACUGGAGAGAAGCCCUACAGCUGUGACCUCUGUGGUAAAACUUUCAACUCUGCUAGCCAUGUCACAGUUCACAGCAGGAUCCACACUGGAGAGAAGCCUUACAGCUGUGACCUCUGUGGUAAAACCUUUAGCCAGGCUAGCAGUUACACAUAUCACAGCAGAAUCCACACUGGAGAGAAGCCCUACAGCUGUGACCUCUGUGGUAAAACCUUUAGACAGGCUGGGGACUUGACAGUUCACCGCAGGAUCCACACUGGAGAGAAGUGA